UUAUAUAAUGCAGUGCAUGCAUGUUCUUCAGGACUCUGACCAGCUUUGAUUUAGGUCUCAGGGUUAUGUUAUGUUUUUCUCAUACAUACAGUGUUGGGAUGUCUCCAGACAAAAAAAAUAUAUCUACUAAAUAAAUAUAUCAAAAUAAACUGUAAAUACAGUUGAAUGACAAUGAUACUGCUUCUGGUUGUCUGCCAUGCAGAUUUUUAAACACUGUGUUCGUGGAUUAUUCUCUGGAUGAAAGAGAAUUUCAGCAGAAAAUCAAAGACCACCAUUUAAAAAACGGGAGAAAGUAUGCAGAAAAGCCCACACAGAAGGGCCCUCCCACAGAAGUUCCACUGUGAUUAAUGAAGUGGGGAUGGAAGACAGAAACUGUGGUUGCUAGGAUACACUGGAUGGUAGAGAGCAGAUUAUGGAUCCACUGUUGGCAAGAUGAGAUGAAAAGUCUCUACAUCUUCAUUUUGCAUCACACUGAGUCCUCAUUUAGUCCAGUAGCCCCCAAGAAUAAUGAUUUGUGUGAUUGUGCUUUUACAAAUGUAAAUCAACUUUUUUUUCCCAUUUCUUUUUUUUGUGGCACGUAUACUGGCAGGGGUUUUCACUGAGACAACGGUAGUGUUAAAGUGUGACUGUUCCCCUUCAUUGAGUAUCUGAGUUUCCUCCAAAUCCCCACUGCCCUGAAGCUGCAGUAUUGCUCUUACUCCACCACAGCUGGAAUGAAAGGGAGAGGCCAGGCCCUGUAUGAGAAACACCUAUGAAUCUGAUCCAAUGGACAUAAAGAGCCAAUAUUGGACUGAUGAGGACUCUGAUGGGGACAACGACUCUGAGGAGUUCUUGUAUGGAAUACAGGGGAGCUGUGCUGCUGACCUGUAUCGCCACCCCCAGCUGGACGCUGACAUCGAGGCAGUGAAGGACAUCUACACAGACAGUGCUGUGUCUGUCAGAGAAUACGGGACAAUUGAUGAUGUGGACAUUGAUCUGCAAAUUAACAUCAGUUUCUUGGAUGAGGAGGUGGCGACAGCCUGGAAGGUGAUCCGCACGGAACCCAUCAUUCUGCGCCUGCGCUUCUCUCUCUCCCAAUACCUGGAUGGACCUGAGCCAUCAGUGGAUGUGUUCCAGCCGUCCAAUAAAGAUAGCUUCAGCCUGGGUUUGCAGCUGAAGAAAAUUCUCAGCAUGUUCACGUCACAGCAGUGGAAACACCUGAGUAACGAGUUCCUGAAGGCACAGCAGGAGAAGAGGCACAGCUGGUUCAAGGCUGGAGGCACCAUCAAGAAGUUCCGUGCCGGGCUGAGCAUCUUCUCCCCCAUACCCAAGUCGCCCAGUUUCCCCCUGAUCCAGGACACGGUGCUGAAGGGGAAGCUGGCGGUGCCGGAGCUGCGCGUCACCCGCCUCAUGAACCGCUCCAUCUCCUGUACCAUGAAGAACCCCAAGGGGGAGCUCUUCAGCUACCCACCCAACAGCCAGGCGGGAGGCCACUGCAAGAAUAUCCCUACCUUGGAGUAUGGCUUCUUAGUACAGAUAAUGAAAUACUCGGAACAGAGAAUACCCACGUUGAAUGAAUACUGCGUAGUCUGUGACGAGCAGCAUGUCUUCCAGAAUGGCUCCAUGCUCAAGCCAGCAGUGUGCACUAGGGAACUGUGUGUGUUCUCCUUCUACACCCUGGGAGUGAUGUCAGGAGCAGCAGAGGAAGUGGCCACAGGAGCAGAGGUUGUGGACCUUCUGGUGGCCAUGUGCAGGGCUGCCCUGGAAUCACCCCGCAAGAGCAUCAUCUUUGAACCCUACCCGUCUGUGGUCGAUCCCAAUGACCCCAAGACCCUGGCCUUCAACCCCAAGAAGAAGAACUAUGAGAGACUGCAGAAAGCAUUGGAUAGUGUAAUGUCCAUCCGGGAGAUGACACAGGGGUCAUAUCUAGAGAUUAAGAAGCAGAUGGACAAGUUGGAUCCCCUUGCCCACCCUUUGCUGCAGUGGAUCAUAUCGAGCAACAGAUCCCACAUCGUCAAGCUGCCGCUGAGCCGACAACUGAAGUUCAUGCACACGUCACACCAGUUUCUGCUGCUCAGUAGCCCCCCGGCCAAGGAGGCCCGCUUUCGCACCGCCAAAAAGCUCUACGGCAGCACCUUCGCCUUCCAUGGUUCCCAUAUAGAGAACUGGCACUCCAUUCUGAGAAAUGGACUAGUCAAUGCCUCUUAUACCAAACUGCAGCUGCAUGGGGCAGCGUACGGGAAAGGCAUCUAUCUAAGCCCCAUCUCCAGCAUUUCCUUCGGAUAUUCAGGGAUGGGCAAAGGACAGCAUCGUAUGCCCACCAAAGAUGAGCUAGUCCAGCGCUACAACCGCAUGAAUACUAUCCCACAGAGCCGUCCAAUACAGUCCAGAUUUCUUCAGAGUCGAAAUUUAAACUGCAUUGCCCUUUGUGAAGUGAUAACAUCAAAGGACCUCCAGAAACAUGGAAACAUUUGGGUGUGUCCCGUGUCAGACCAUGUCUGCACCCGGUUCUUCUUUGUGUACGAGGACGGCCAGGUAGGAGAUGCCAAUAUCAACACCCAGGAACCCAAGAUCCAGAAAGAGAUCAUGCGUGUGAUCGGGACUCAGAUCUACUCCAGCUGAGCCAAGGCAGGGUGCCUGCGUGGCUGGCAGAGGGCGCCAGACAGCCGCUGUAAGGCUGAAGCCGCUGGAGUCCUUGCAGUCAAACAAUUGUGCUGCAGGCACAGACAGAGAUUUUCUGCCAGAGUUUGCUGGAGGAGAGGGGAGGCCAGUGGAGCAUUUUUGUUCAUUUCCUGUUGUUUUUAUUGUCCUGUUUCUCACCGCUUCAGCCCAUUUCUCUGAUGUGGUGUGCUAGAAGAGUUUUUUUUUCUCCUCUGUCCUUGGUUAGCCUUUGGUGUUUGGAUGGACAGUUUCGAACGGCUUCCUCACCGAAGAAAGAAGGAUGACGGAAAAUGGAGAGGCCACGUCCCCUGGAAAAUUGGAUAGAUGCCCUCUGGACAGGUGGCUGAUUACAGUCUCUUUUCUGGAAGGGUGAGACUGAGGACUCCUAGCCCCCCCCCCCCCCCCCCCCCCCUCUGCUGGACAGCCUAAGAGGCCCAGAAAUGACACAAGAGGCACUGAACAUGUGUUCAACAGCGUGCCACCGCACUCUAACAUGCAUGAGAUUGAUCCAUGUCGGCCUUGAAGACACUAUUCAACCCUUGUAUCAAAGACUCAUCAGGUAGUU